AACAAAAACAAACUUCCUAACCUCUAACGUCAAAUUUUUUGAGCAUAAAUUUUACAUAAUGUCUCGCUGAUUUAAUUUAAAUUAAAGAGUAGUGACUUUGCAGUAUGAGUCAUAGAGUGAAACCUCAUACCAAUGUUGAGAUCGCAAGUUGUGAAAAAUACCUUAGUAAGAUGUUGAAACAUGACAGUGCCCUGGCGUCUAAAAAAAAUCCAGCUUCUCGCCCAUAUCAAGACAAAAUCUCGCAGAUAAUGAGACAUCCAAUAAAUAUGCAACCACAACGUAUCAAACCUAAGCCAAGUGCCAAAACACAAAGUCCCAUACAAAAAGUUGCUGUUAGUUUAAUGAGUACCAUGCCGAGAGAAAUUGGAGAUGGCAGUCGUAUCAAGGAGAUGAAAAGUACCAAACGUAAACCCAGGUCAAGAUCUAGAAGCCGCUCAAGUAGUAAAGUGAGAGAAGCGUGGGGACACAUUUUACUGAGUAAAAAGAGCGGAGAGAAAAUGUCAACAUUCAGCAAUUUUGACCCACUAAGAACACUUCAUUUUUUGUCGAAAGAAUUGUCCACUAAAUUGCGGACUGUUGUACCUGAGGAGGAUGAAAUUCUCCAAAUCGUGACUGACAUUCAACAUGCCCUGAAACGAAUUCCGCCAGAAGUGACCACGUUGUUGCAUGAUCCACCACCAGAAAUUGAAGAACCGGUAGUCGAAGAACUUGUUCCAUCCAAAACUACAUCCACUAAAAUUUGCCAAACCCCACCCACUUUAUAUCAAGAGGACACAGAAAGGUUUCAAAAAAUAAUGGAAGAAAAUACAUACAGGCUCGAAACUAGUUGUAGACAACUCGAAAUGGUUUGUUCUAAUUUACAAAAUGAGAAAGAAAUGACUGAGAAGGAAUUAGAUGAAGCAAAAGAAAAUGUUGAGAUGUUGUGUAAAAAAGUUAAAGAAUUAGAGGAAGAAAUAGAAGAAAUAACCAGUCAAAAAAUAAGAGAAUUAGAGGAAGAGAAAUACGAAUUGCAACAACAGCUAGAGAAAGCUACUGAAGAAGUAACCAACAAUCCAACACUAAAUCAUUUCAAGCAACUAGUGGAAGAGCUCAAAAAACAAAAAUUGGCGGCGGAUGAAACUUGCAACAGAUUAGAAUAUGAUAUGACAGUUCUAAAAAUGGAAAAAGAAAAAUUCGCAACAAUGUUAAAUGUCAGGGAUAAAGAGGUCAAAGAAAUUCAAGAAGAAAUGUGCAAAAUUCAGGAGCAAGUACACAAACAACUGAAAAAAUUAAAUAGUGAGGUGAUCGAGCGCGUCAAUUCUGUGAAAGCGCUUUCAGAUCCAACCAAUGGAAUGCACGAGUCUCUUUUCUUGGAAAUUGGGGAUACAACUAUUUCAUCAAUUACUGCUAAUGAAUCUGACAAGGAUACCAUUAAUAUUAUUAAAGAAUUGCCGUGUGGCGACACUGAGCUUAUAGGACUAACGAAAGAAUCACAUGAGAAUUUUCUGCAAAAAUUGAAGGGUACUAAUGUGGGACCAGAUUUACAGCGCAAUAAUAAAGAAAUAGACUCAACAUACGAAAGUCUAGUGGCCGGAUUAAGUCCAUCAAUGCAAGCUUUCUUAGCGGCACACAAGGCGUGAUAUGUAAAUGUGGUUUUUAUAUUUGAUUGUACAUUCCUGGAUUUUCUGUAUAUAUAAAUUAUAUUUUCUUCUAUUAAAAGUUUUUGUUCAUGA